AUGGCUGGACGACCUAGAAGAUCCUGCGAUAGCUGUAACGCGCAAAAGCUGAGAUGUGGUGGUGAAAAGCCGAGUUGUGCCCGCUGUACACGCUUGUCCCGGCCGUGUGUGUACAAACCGGUCGCGGCAGCACUUCAGGCUCGGCGGCGAGCCUCAAGCCAUGCCUCGGCACACAAACCGGUACCAGCAAGCGAAUACACUGGCUCGCCCUUGCGCCUGAACCCCCCGGAGAAAAGAUACUUUGGCGUGCCAUCCGCGCUUCUCCCGACAUUAGUUGAUCUCUACUUCACCUACAUCUACAAUGCACGGCUUCUUUUCCACAGGCCUUCUCUUGAAGCGGCUCUCGAAGCUCAGAGUGUGAGGUCUGACAUAGUGCUAUGCUUCUGCGCCCUGGCCGCAAAAUUCUUCAGAGACCCAAAGGGUUCUGCUGUUCUAGUUGAAAAUGGAUUCUGCCGGGAGUGGGCGGAAGAGGCCGGUAGAGUGGCCUUGCAGGAAGUCGAGUCCCCAUGCUCGGAGAACAUCGUCGUUUUCCUGAAUCUGAGCCUGUUCUGGUACAGCAUGGAUGACUACCGAAGGGCGGCUGUCCAGUCAGGAAUCGCCUCAUCCACAGCAUGGACAAUUGGGUUGCCCUUCGCCCGGCAAGAAGUGGCAGAGCCUCUGCAGGCCGAAAUUCGUCGAAGGCGUUUCUGGGCUUGCUAUCUCCUCAACGCCUUCCUCCAAGACAGCCUCUUUCCCAAAGUGCCAACAGAGGCCAUGCUCCGCGCCUCUCUUCCUUGUCGCCAAGAGGACUUCGACAGAGGGAGGCCGCAAGGAGGUGUCACUCUGAAAUCAGGCGAAAGCAGCCAGAGCAUCUAUGCAGAACUGAUUCGAGCGAUGGCUGUAUGGUCCGCUGUCGUCGCCCUCACAAGGCAACCCGAGUCAAAUCUGGCAACAAGGCUGAGCGACAUCCAGGCUCUUGAUGGUCGCAUCCACGAUACAUAUUCCAGGCUUGCUUCGUGUUUUCACCUAGAUCCCGCCAACAUAUCCUUAGUGCCGCCCGAUGACCUGGCGAAUCUCCUCUUGUUGCAUAUCAUAUAUCACCAGUGUUGGUGUUCUCUCCACUCAUCCAUUGUUCCCCUGUUCUCGUGGAGCGCUUUCGACGACUCAUGUGCGUACGCACAACAAUUGUCAGGUCAGACGGCACUCGAACACGCCAAUGCUGUGUCAUUCCUCUUAGAGGCCACGUUGGCAUCCGACUGGGACGCAGCACGAUUGCCUAGUUUUAUCGGAUAUGCUGCAUACGCAGCAUGCGCCAUACAGACACCAUUCUUAUGGUGCUCCAAGCCUGAUGUAAAGCAGCGUGCCGUCCGUAGCAUUCUAGCAAACCUUCAGACCAUGCAGGUCAUGGGUAGACAGUGGAGAUUCACCAAGAUUCUGGGACGAUUUGCAUGCGGUCUUUACAAGCUCCAUGCAAGCCGGGUGGUUCCACUGACAGAUGAGCCCAAGAACAUGUCUCCAGCAGCGUUGAGAGGAUUCAAAAUGGCCAACCCACGAGCGCGGCUUUCGAUCUUGACACAUAACACGAUUAUUGUCAGCGAGGAGGGUUGCUUUGCCAGAGGAGCAGAGGAUAUUGGCGAUCUUGGUUUGGACGAUCCAGGAACCAGAGAGUCGAACCUUGAGGAGGACAGCAUUGCGGCCUUUAUCACGCAGAUCUCUCGUGAGUGCAGGGAAAUGAACGGCCAGUUGCCUGUGAUGUUGGACCCGUUCUUGCCGUCGGAAAACCUGGACUACUAUGACUUCGGUGGAGGUUUCGAUGUUGCCAAUGAAGUGACAAACGUCAACUCCAUGGGACACAUCGAGGAUUGGAUCUCGGAACUUCUACAGCAAGAGGGAUGA